GUUUCAGACUUUCAAUUACAUUCACACUGACCUAAACCGGUGCAAUACUGACUGCGUUGAAAUUGUUUCGUUUGCGAUAAUUAAUUUCGCUGCAGAGCUCGAUUAAUUACGAUGCAAGGAACGGAUCUGGCACAGAGUGUCCAACCAAUAUAUAGCAAUAAUGGAAGCAUUAGUGAGGGCGCAAUUGAGGCUUAUGAGCCAAUCGAAAGGAGUGGGAUACCAACGACGAUAGGUGAGGAAGAAGGCGUAGGUAUUAUUGGUACCUUAAGGAACAUCCGAAAGAAUCAGAGUGUGACCGGGGUGGAGUACAAUACGAUCUCCUUCUGGCUGUUUCUAUGUAGUUUGACUUUCAAUGGUGUAGUGAUCGGGGUCAUUUAUUACUUCGUCGACUCGCGUACCUUUUUAAUUCAGGACGACCACAAUGUGGCUUUCUAUGGUACACUAGGUGUCAGCCUGCUUACACUUCUUGAAAUAAUCACCUCGGCUGGAUAUUGUAUAUACAAAAGAAGCGAACCUCUCCCAAAAAGUCGACUGACAGCACACCUGGCAGUCCAAUGUGCGUCGUUAACUACGCUGACUAUUUUGACAUGUGUCGUCACAGUCGACUACCUAAGAAUAAUAACCGUUCCUGAAGCUGUGAAAAUAACACUGAUAGCAGUGCGAUGGUUAGCAAUCGGUGUAUCAUUGGGUGCAUUAGUCGCACGUCAGCGGCUCAUGUACAUCAUAUUCUCCAGUUCGAUCAAGGUGCGUCGCAAUGCACAACGAGUCUACCUGGGGACAAUAUCGUUCUGCACGUUUAUAUGCGUUAUAAUGCUGAUCCCCUUCGUAAUAAUCUAUAUGGCUGACGAUGGUAUGUACAGAAAAUGGGCACUUCUACCUUUGGCGAUCUUGAGCUGUUUCUCCCUUGUCGUUCUACUACUGUAUACCUACAAGACAAAAGCUACCCCGGUGUUCUCUGAUACACGAUCAAACGUCCGCAUUGCUUUAGUCUUGUGCAUUGCAUUGGUAGUCAGUUAUGUGGUUGGCAGAUUGGUACUCGCACCAGAACCAAGCGAGGUCACACUAGAAACGAAGAUGAGUUUUGUUUUACUUCCCGCGUUCCUUGGACUUUUCAGUGUGUGCGUCGUGGUGAAUGAAUUGUUCGGAACGAUUGCGCUUAUUACGUAUCUCGGCUAUGAUUUGCGUGGAGGGAUAGAUCCUCUUAGGAGAGAUAAUGCAACGUCACAAGUGGCUUUACCCCAAGAGGUUUCCGAAAUUGCACGAACUGCGCGGAUAGUAGACGAUGAGAAAAAGUCGAUGAACGGAGUCAGAAGCAGCAUCGUCCCAGCCCAGGACACGAAGUCUUGCACAAACGCAUCAUAUGCAGACGUCUAGUCGUCUUUUACAAUUUAAUAUUGUUGUCCGUGCACAUCCCCACGACGAACAUUUAACAGUUCAUAUUAAUUCUGGAAUCAUACAAAUAAACUUUUAUACGUUGG